UGCCCAGGCAAGUCAGAUGGACUGGAGUUGAUUGCCACCAACGCGUGAUUUGCAGAGCGGACAAUUGAAAAGGAUAUUUGGACAUAAGUAUUUCCUAAUUGCGCUACAUGGAUACCGGUUGUUUCAGCGCUGCUCAGCGCCUUUCGUGCCACGCCAUGAAUCCAGAUUUACUGAAACCUUGUCCGGAACAUGGACCACCACAACCAGCUGCUCCCAGGAUGAAACCCAACAGGAAUAAAACCGAGCAGAUCAAACCCGAGCUCGCUCCGGUGGUGACUGAUCCAAAGACGGGCAGAUCCUACAGUAAAGGAAAGCUCCUGGGGAAGGGUGGGUUUGCACGAUGCUAUGAGAUGACUGACCUGACGAGCAACAAAAUGUAUGCAGUGAAGGUGAUUCCACAGAGUCGGGUCUCCAAACCACACCAGAGAGACAAGAUCACGAAUGAGAUUGAGCUCCACAAAACCCUGUCGCAUAAGCACGUGGUGAAGUUCUCCCAUCACUUCGAGGACCAAGAGAACAUUUACAUCUUCCUGGAGCUCUGCAGUCGAAAGUCCUUGGCGCACAUCUGGAAGGCAAGGCACACACUGACGGAGCCAGAGGUGCGCUACUAUCUACGGCAGAUCAUAUCGGGCCUAAAGUACCUCCACAACAGAGGCAUCCUCCAUCGAGACCUCAAACUAGGCAACUUCUUUAUCAAUGAGAACAUGGAACUGCGGCUGGGAGAUUUUGGCCUGGCAGCUAAACUGGAGACUGUGGAAAUGAGGAAAAAGACCAUCUGUGGAACGCCCAACUACUUGGCACCCGAGGUCCUCAAUCGACAAGGACACGGCACAGAGUCUGACGUCUGGUCGCUGGGCUGCGUGAUGUACACGCUGAUGUGCGGCAACCCUCCCUUUGAGACGCUGGACCUGAAGGAGACCUAUAAGUGCAUAAAGGAGGUCCGCUACAACCUGCCCUCCAACCUCUCUCCGGCCGCACAGAAGCUCAUCAGCAGCGUGCUGCAGAAGGUCCCCGGCAACCGGCUGAACCUGGACCAAAUCCUCGGCCACGAAUUCUUCACCAAAGGUUUCACUCCAGACAAGCUCCCCGCCAGCAGCUGUGUCAUGGUGCCUGAGCUCCAUCCGCCCAGCCCGGCCAAGAAAUUCUUCACCAAGAUGGCAAAGAGUUUCUUCGGCAAGAAAAAAGCCAAAGCGGAGAAGAUUCCAUGCGACGACAAGGACGAGAAGGAUCUCUCCAGGCUGGUGUCGGGGAUUGUAAAAUGUUCGAUCAGUCGACAGAUCAGCUACAAAACAGUCGGAGCGAACGAGGUGGCCUCUCCUGCCGGUCAGCUGGUGAGCUCGUUGCCCCUGGAGCCCACACCGGCUGAGGAGGAGUCCAGGAAGUCUGUCUCGCGCUCCUUCAAGGGCACCAUGGCCAGCAGCGCAGAACCGUGUGAGGAUGGCUCCACCCCUGCAGCUGUUGCUGAAUCGGCAGCUAAAAUCCUCAACACAUGCCUGUCAGCCAUGCCCGCAGCGACAAGAAACCCCCCGUGUCUGUCCAGACCCGAACCCUUCUUGUGGGUGACCAAAUGGGUCGAUUACUCAAACAAAUACGGCUUUGGCUACCAGCUGUCCAACCAUAGCAUUGGCGUGCUCUUCAACGAAGGAACCCACUUUAGCCUCUGUGACCAGCGCAACACUAUCCACUACUGUUUGACCAACAACAAACACUUCACCUUCCAGACCAGCGCUCUGCCCGAGCAGCUCCACAGCCAGAAGCAGAUCGUGGAGCUCAUGGCCAACUACAUGGAGCAGAACCUGAUGGAGGGCGGAGACCUGCACUGUGAGGACCAGGCCUCCUCUAGCCCACCCCCGCUGCUGCUGCAGUGGGUGAAGACGGACCACGCGCUGGUCAUGCUCUUCAACAACGGCACCCUACAGGUGAACUUCUACACGGACCACACCAAGGUGAUCCUGUGCAAGGCGGCGGACGGCUCCUACCUGCUCACCUUCAUCAGCCGCGAGCGCGUCUCCUGCACGUACCUCCUCAGCAUGCUGUCGGAGAUGGGCUGCUCGGCAGAGCUGCGCCACCGCCUCCGCUACGUGGUGCAGCUGCUCCAGCACCACGCAGACGCCUGAGCCGCUGCUCGCUGCUGCUACCGGGCUCACUGAACUAUGGAUGCCUGGGAGACGCGUUCCCCUCUGCCCCCCCCCCCCCCCCCCCCAACCCACCAACAACGUACUGAUCCUCUUAAGGGACUGGGGGUUUAUUUGGGGUUUUGUUGCUAAAGGCAGUGGAUCGGAACCUCAACUGUGUGUUUUUUUUCUUUUUUUUUCUCUCAAUAUGCUCCAUCUGGACUGGUGCCUGGAAAGCGGGUCAAGUUCUUGUUUUCCCUGGAGGGAGCAUGUUGGGAGUUGUAGUCAGGAAGUGGAUGCCUGUUUUUAUUUAGUUAUAUUUUUUUUAUAAAUUGGCAACCCCCUAAUGAGAGGUUUGUGCCUAUUCAGCCUCGAAGUUUUCCACCUGGAAGUUUUCGAUGCCUACACUAUAAGGGACUAACCACCAUUAUAUAUGGUUCAGUUUUAGUCUGCCUGGAACCAAGUAGGCUGCCUGUUGGGCAGAGGCCAAACUAAACCAUGCCCCUUCCCGAAUCCCUAGCACUCAUCGUGGGUCGAAAACGACUGCUCUGUCAGCCAACCCAUCUACUGUAAGUAGUGUUGCCCCCCCCCCCCCCCCUCUCUCCCGAUGUCGGAUCUCCAUUGAAAAGCGAGAUUGCAUCCGAAACACUCGCAAACGCCAAAAGAGGGGCCUACCGGCUUCGGUGUCUUUCGGGCGCCCGGCUAUUCCAAAGGGGACCGGUGAACUGAUGGGACCCCCAUGGGUGAAGAGGUUCCCUGGGACCUGUGUGGAAGAGGGGGGGCAGCAAGAGGGCACCCCCACCCUCAGAUGGUGUCUGUACGGUCUGGAACAUGGUGCACACAAAUCUGUGUUUCAUUCCCUAGUUUUUCCCCCACUCUCCUGAGCCAGCCACUAGAAGCGUUGGCUUACGGCAGUCUUGGAUCUCACUCGCACAAGCAACAUUUCCAGCCUUAUUAUUUUUUUAUGGUGAUGCCAAUAGGUGUGAGAGAAUGUAAAGGAUUCUCUUUUUGCUCUGUGGUCACGUUUUCUUUCAAAUCACGUUAGUACACCGCAUACAGAAGGGGCUAUGGGAGUCACACAAUUUUUGCACUAGAUCAAUUCCUUUUUAUAUAAAUCUUAAUUUUGAAAAGCUAAACAUUUAUAUUUAUUUUCUUCACUCUUUUUUUUAUUAAUUUUUAAACCUAGAGAUGCCAAAAUAACCCUCUUUCUUUUAAUUUAAAUUUAAUUUUAGCUUCAAGUUGGUGAACCAUGUCUGUGCCACAUGCGGAAUGGACUGCUGAGAAAAUAACACAACUGCUGGUUAGCUUUGGGGAGGGAGGGGGAGAUAAGUGCCUUUUGGGGGAUGUUUGUGAAGUGCAAUAACAGCCCUUGUGCGAAUGUCGUGCUGGAUGCAAACUAGAGUCGGUCCCAGAUUUCGAAGGCAGUUGCUAUACGUUUUGUACUUGGAGUUGGGUUUGGAAAUAGAGUUGCCCAAUAGCGCUACAGUCUCACUACCUGGUAUAAGCUUUUAGAAAAACGACUGGUAUCAUAAACGUAGAACCCAGUAAUAUCUACUAUCGAGGGAUGACGGCCGAUGACCUAUUGUACUCGUACUGUAACCCUAAUUGGUUUACAUUGUAUCCUUAAACUGUGACCUUAAAUGGAAGUAUAAGCAGAUUAUCUUUUUGAUUUUUUUUUUUUUAAGAAAAACAUUGUGAAAGCCAUCUGCCAGUUUAGAGGAAUCUUUAUUUUUGGCACAUAAUGUCUUGUUUAUUUAUUUUUAUUUAUACAUGUUUUUUUAUUUAUUGAAUGUGUUGUGGAUAUGACACAAGACAAAUGUUCAAAUUUGAUCACCUUUUUAUGUAUUGUAUUGGGGGAAAAUGGGAUAAGAAUAAAGUUUAUUGAAAAAUUUAAA